UCUCUCUCUCGCUGGGACCCCGUGUCAUCGCCCACCCCGAGCACGAUGCCCCCCAAAAAGGCAGGGGAUGGAAUUAAACCACCCCCAAUCAUUGGAAGAUUUGGAACCUCUCUGAAAAUUGGUAUUGUUGGAUUGCCAAAUGUUGGGAAAUCUACCUUCUUUAAUGUGUUAACCAAUAGUCAGGCAUCAGCAGAAAAUUUCCCAUUCUGCACUAUUGACCCUAAUGAGAGCAGAGUGCCUGUGCCAGAUGAAAGAUUUGACUUUCUUUGCCAGUACCACAAACCAGCAAGCAAAAUUCCUGCCUUUCUAAAUGUAGUGGAUAUUGCUGGCCUUGUGAAAGGAGCACACAAUGGGCAGGGCCUGGGAAAUGCUUUUUUAUCUCAUAUUAGUGCCUGUGAUGGGAUCUUUCAUCUAACUCGUGCUUUUGAAGAUGAUGAUAUCACACAUGUUGAAGGAAGUGUAGAUCCUAUUCGAGAUAUAGAAAUAAUACACGAAGAGCUUCAGCUUAAAGAUGAGGAAAUGAUUGGACCCAUUAUAGAUAAACUAGAAAAGGUGGCUGUGAGAGGAGGAGAUAAAAAACUAAAGCCCGAAUAUGAUAUAAUGUGUAAAGUCAAAUCCUGGGUUAUAGAUCAAAAGAAACCUGUUCGCUUCUAUCAUGAUUGGAAUGACAAAGAGAUUGAAGUGUUGAAUAAACACUUAUUUUUGACUUCAAAACCAAUGGUCUACUUGGUUAAUCUUUCUGAAAAAGACUACAUUAGAAAGAAAAACAAAUGGUUGAUAAAAAUUAAAGAGUGGGUGGACAAGUAUGACCCAGGUGCCUUGGUCAUUCCUUUUAGUGGGGCCUUGGAACUCAAGUUGCAAGAAUUGAGUGCUGAGGAGAGACAGAAGUAUCUGGAAGCGAACAUGACACAAAGUGCUUUGCCAAAGAUCAUUAAGGCUGGGUUUGCAGCACUCCAACUAGAAUACUUUUUCACUGCAGGCCCAGAUGAAGUGCGUGCAUGGACCAUCAGGAAAGGGACUAAGGCUCCUCAGGCUGCAGGAAAGAUUCACACAGAUUUUGAAAAGGGAUUCAUUAUGGCUGAAGUAAUGAAAUAUGAAGAUUUUAAAGAGGAAGGUUCUGAAAAUGCAGUCAAGGCUGCUGGAAAGUACAGGCAACAAGGCAGAAAUUAUAUUGUUGAAGAUGGAGAUAUUAUCUUCUUCAAAUUUAAUACGCCUCAACAACCUAAGAAGAAAUAAAUUUUAGUCAUUGCUCAGAUGAACGUACAACUUCUAAAAGGCAUAUGGUUUUUUUUUAAUUAAAAUUUCUGAAAACUGAAGGGACAAAUAAAGUUGGGGAGAUGGGAAUCUUCUACAAACAAAUUAUUUUUAUUUGUUUUAAAAUUAAAAUACUGUGUACCUCCAGUGAAAUGCAAGUUUACUCAGUGUGAACAGCUUUGCUUUUCACGUGAUUAAGGCCCUCCUCCAAAUUGUAGAAGCUUUUCAGGAACCAUAUUACUCUCAUGAUACUUCAUUAAUCUCCAUCAUGUAUGCCAAGCCUGACACAUUUGACAGUGAGGACAAUGUGGCCUGCUCCUUUUUGAAUCUACAGAUAAUGCAUGUUUUACAGUACUCCAGAUGUCUACACUCAAUAAAACAUUUGACAAAACCA